CUAGCAGAUGCGUGGUGACAGAGCGCUCUGGCUCGUCCUAUUGGCUGGAUCAAACCCAAGCGAGACGCUGACUGGCCAGGCUGCAGGAGGGUUACAAUUCAAACGCGGGCGGGCGUUCCCGCAGCCCCGCAGUUGCAGCCGUGGUCACAGUCUUUGAGUUUCCCGUCUCUCUCCCAGCGCCGUCCGGAUGGCUUCCCAGAACCGUGACCCAGCCGCUGCCAGUGUCGCCGCCGCUCGUAAAGGAGCCGAGCCCAGUGGGGGCGCCGCCCGGGGCCCCGUGGGCAAGAGGCUACAGCAGGAGCUGAUGACCCUCAUGAUGUCUGGUGACAAAGGGAUUUCUGCCUUCCCCGAGUCAGACAACCUUUUCAAGUGGGUGGGGACCAUCCAUGGAGCAGCUGGCACGGUAAGUGUGGGUGGGAUGGGAAGUCACCAGACCAGUUUAAUGCUCUGUCUUCUGUCAAGUCCCAGACAAACUCAGGAGUCCCGGCAAGCCCCUUAUUGGUCCGCCUUGUACGACGUCAGGACCAUCCUGCUCUCCAUCCAGAGCCUGCUUGGAGAACCCAACAUCGAUAGCCCUUUGAACACACAUGCAGCCGAGCUCUGGAAAAACCCCACAGCCUUUAAGAAGUACCUGCAAGAAACCUACUCAAAGCAGGUCUCCAGCCAAGAGCCCUGACCCGGGCUGUCCAGCUCUCUCCUUGUGUCGUCGUCUCAUUUUUUCCCUUAGAUGGACUGUCCUUUCCUUGAUUUCUGUAUAAGACUCUGUAUCUUACCUGUGGUGUCAUUUUUGUUUUGUUUCUGUUUUUUAAAUUAAGUGUCUGGUUAAGCCCUUGUGAUGAAUAUAUUAAAUAAAUACAUUUUGGGUUUUUUUUUAACAA